AUGGCGGACGGGGUCGAGCUCGAGGUCUCCAACCGCACCACCGCCUUGCUCGCCAAAUGCGACAACGCUGGCGCUGCUCCCACUGAGUUGCUUAGCGAUCUCAGAGACGUGUGGACCUUAGUCAACCGGACUACCAGUUUAGGGCUCUAUGCCCGCGACCUGGAGGCGCUCGCUGCCGUCACCCAGAAAAUCGCCACCUACGUGCAAAAGCUUGAGUUUCUGAAGGAGGGGCUUUUGCUAUCGGUUGACGAUGUUACCAAGCACCUCAAGCGGUUUUUGACCGAAGAUGUCCCUGAUGGCGACCACUACCGCGACGACGACGGCAAGUGGAGCGAGGAGCACUUCAACAUGCACAACUGGAUGAGGCUUGGCGCUUUAUACUAUGAGAAGUCUUCUCGUCCCGUACCGUGUGAUUUCCUUAAUGGACCGUUGGAGCAAGAGAGACGGCGGGUGGAGCGUCGGGCACGCAUUGUUGACGAUACGGGUAACCAGCCCCAGACGCGAGCCACCCACCUCCGAGCUGAGGAUAUCCAGGAAGAUGAAGUGAAUAAUACGGCGAAGAUGGUCAAGCGAGUAUACCACAUAUACGAGGCGAAGCCUGAAGCCGACCGCAAGCACGGGGUGCCGUUUUGUCGGUUUUUUCUUGACCCCGAUAGCUUUGCCCAGCUGGUGGAGAAUUUGUUCUAUACUAGUUUCCUUAUUAAGGAUAUGCGGGUGCGGUUGUUUCUCGAGAACGGCGAGCCCAUGGUGAAGAUGAUUAACACUAAUAGUAACCAGAAUGCUAACGAUGAAGAGGACGAAGACGAUGAAGAAGACGAGGACGAAGAUGAUGAUGAUGAGGAAGAACCGGAAUUGGAGAGUAACGACGACGUUACCAUCAACCACCAGAUAUUGCUGCUUGACUACGACACGUGGCAGAAGCUUGUAGAGAAGUAUGCUAUCACAGAGCUGUAUUUGGGCCACCGGAACGACAGCGAGUUCGCGUGA